AUGACUGGCCGGCAAACGAAUGGCGGCACGCCGAGUAAUCCGUCCAUUGGCAAACGGAGAGGACGCCCUCCGAAGUCGGCUACUAUGGAAAGGCCCAAAAAAUUUCAGUACCAUCUGAUGAAAAAGCCCAAAUAUCUGUGCAAGGACUUGGGCGCUCAGGAUGGAAGCAGCACACCGUCGGCUUCGCGAGCAUCCUCCCCACAGGGAAGCGAGGAAAGCCGGCCCUCCACUUCCCGGAGGGCUGUGACCGCCAAGAAGACCAGGGGACGAAAAGCAACACCACGCGGCCGACCAGCUGGAAGAGGCCGCGGGGGUCACAACAAUUCAUCGAGCAACCGGAAAGCCUAUACGUCGUACCAUGAUUCUGAAUAUCAUUACGGGUCCGAUUUUGGCGACGAAAGUGAUAAAAGUGACCCUUACGAUGACUCCAUGCGUUCGGCUAGUGAUUCGGAAGAAAGUCUUGGCCAAGCAUCGGAGAGCGAUUUUUCGAUACACAGCUUUGGCGUCGGUACGGGAGGGGGCAAUGGAAUGAAUUGCCUGAAGGAACCGAGCCCCGAUCCGAUCUGGUUGCAAGAGCGCGAAGUACCACCGCUCGAGCUGCCAGAAUCAUCGAAGGACCUGCUGGUACCGAAUGACAUCGUGUUGCGGUGUACCUCCAUUUACGAGAUCAUCCGCCGGUUCCGCCAUCUGGUGCGAUUGUCACCGUUCCGGUUCGAGGAUUUCUGUGCCGCCAUCUGGAGCGAGGAUCAGAGUGCCCUGCUGACGGAGCUGCACAUCAUGCUGCUGAAGGCAAUCUUGCGCGAGGAAGACUCUCAGCAGACCCACUUCGGACCGCUGGAUCAAAAGGAUAGUGUAAACAUUGCGCUCUAUCUGAUCGACGCCAUUACCUGGCCCGAGGUGCUGCGAAGUUACAUCGAAAGCGACACCAGUCUCGAUCAGAAUGUUCUGAAGAUUCUCGGCACUACCGAGUACCCGUACGUGCCGGCCGAGCAGCGACUGUACGUGUUGCAGUUUCUGACGGACCAGUUUCUUGUAACCAGCACGGUCCGAGACGACAUGACACAGGAGGGCCCAAUACACUACGACGACCAUUGCCGCGUGUGUCACCGGCUUGGUGAUUUGCUGUGUUGUGAAACAUGCCCCGCCGUAUUUCAUCUCGAAUGCGUGGAGCCCCCGAUGGUGAACGUACCGAACGGGGACUGGCAGUGCAAUCUGUGCAAGUCGCACCGGGUGACGGGGGUUUCCGAUUGCAUUUCAAGCCAGGAGAAGCAGGGAAUGCUUUGCCGGCAGGAAAUACUGGGCUUUGAUCGGCACGGGCGAAAGUACUGGUUCAUUGUGCGUCGUUUGUUCGUCGAGAGCGAAGAUGCGUCGCAGAUUUGGUACUACAGUACGGUGAAGCAAUUCAGGCUGCUACUGUCGAAGUUGGAUCCGAAUGAGUUCGAGAGUGAACUGUACGAGCAGCUGGACGACUAUUAUCGCGAUGAGAUCGUACGGCAAAUGACGCUAACCGAGACCAUCACCAACCAGCAGAAGGGAAGCAAGAAGUCGUACAUUGAGGUCGACAAUCAACGAAUAGCCAAACUGAUUGAUCAGACGGCGGGAACCGAAGGUGACAAUGAAGGAGGAGGUGAGCAAACGGCGACAACCGACUACGCCGAGUCGGCGGGUGUUGAGGAAGAGAAAGACACGGACGGGGCUGAGAAAGACGGCUGUCCUUCGGGAAGUGAGGGAUCGGAUGAGAGUGGCGACACGAAGGAAAAGGACUCAGCAGCAGCACACGAAUCGGACGAUCCGGGUGCGCAUCAACAGAAUGGAGGCAGCAGUAAACACGUUACACGGUCGAAGACGGGCUCGCUGACGCCGCGCACUUUCAAUUUGGAUGAUUUGAAAAAGAAAAGCCCCAAAGAAGAGUCGGCCAGUUUGACGGCAACGAACGGUGCUGCUGCUGCUGCUGCUGGGUCGACUGCCGACGGAAUCGAUCGAGUGACGCGGCAGAAGCUAACGCAGCUCUCGAACGGCACACUGCACUUCAAGCUCGGAAUGGAGAAUGGGUUCAAAAACUACGUUAACCAGUACACGAUUAAUCCGAUCGCACUUAACAAACCACAGCGCAACGAAGAGCGUGACAAGAAGCGCCAUUUGUCGCACAAAUUCUCUCUCACCCAGGCAUCGGAGUUCAAGUGGCUCGGUGGCGGACUGUACGCUAGCCAGCAGCAGAUCAUCACCACCAUCCGGCAAACGAUGCUCGCCCUGGAGCAGGCCAUUGCGUCUCCGUUCAUGCACCACAACUGGACGCGCCUGCGGAAGCUGUGGAUUAAUGCUAUCGGUACGAGCACGCGGCCUCAGGACUUUGCCCGCACCAUGUGCAUCUUGCAGUCGUGUCUGCGAAACGUCGUGUUUGCGAGCGUUUGGCACGAGCAACUGGGUCACACGCUCAUGUACCGCAUCACGUCGGCGGAACGGGAGGAAAAGAAGAAGCUCGAAAAGCGGGAAAAGCGAGAGCGGGACGACGAAGAGGAGCGCAACAGGACGGCGGUCAAUUUCGUAAAGUAUGCACUCGGGUUGAAGCAUCAGGUUUGGAAGCAGAAAGGAGAAGAAUAUCGAAUCCAUGGCCAGUGGGACUGGGUGUGGCUGUCGAAUGGACGCCGUAGCAAGCCCACGGCCAUCAGUCGCACGACGAACGAAACGGUUCAAAUGGUGCUGCCGGUGAUCGUGCCCGAGAUCGGUCAGCGUAAGCUGCAGAAGCUAGAAAUGCGCACGUACGAGGCACUGCAGCGUUGCCGAGCGGAUGGGGCGAGGCAACCGGAUACGGCGGUCGAAUAUCUUACCGACAUCGAGGCGCUGAAUGGCAAACUUUUGCAAAAGCUACAGUCCAUCGAGUUGGACGACCAAGCACGUGCGCCGACGUGCGGUGCGGAGAUCGACGUAUCGCGGGCGCUCACAUCCCCGCAGGCUCGGAUACUGUAUCCAAAGGUUGCCCGCAAAUGUCCGUUGCUGGAUGGUUUACUGCAGCGACGCGUCAAUCUGCGUGACGCCGAAGAGUUGCGCAUUAAGCAGGCGAAAGCCAAGUUAGACCAGCUGGCAGAGGAAUGCGGAUCCGACGAGCCGCCGGCGACCAUCAUAACGAAACCCGAGUCUUCGACAACGGUGAUCACCGUUCGUGUGCUUCCGCCUAGUGAAUGUAUCGAAAAGCAGUUGCACCGAAUCGUCAAUAGCCGCGGUGCAGCCAGUGGCACCGCCGUGCCGGUAAAUCCCAGACCACAUCUUUCGGCGUACCAACAGCAUGUGCGCAAUCGUCAGCACCGCGAAAAGCUGCAAGCGAUGAUGACCAGGGCGAACGAGCUGCGGGUUAAGUACUACUACGUGAGUCGUCAAGCCCAGCAAUACAAAUGCUACUCGAUUGAGUGUUGCACCUCCAGUGAGAACAAUGCGGCGUCGCCCUCGUCCGCCAGCUGUUUUUCACCUCUCUGUCGUCAGAAGCAAACCGUCAGAAAUGAGCUGUACUCUUUACUCAAACAGAUGCAAGUGCUGGAGAUCCAGCACAGCAGUACGUUGCCCGCUAGUGCAACGGGGGCCGCCUCGGGGGCUCCUUCCAAGUCCAUCCUGGAGCAAAAGUUGACCGAGGUGAAGAACGAGAGCUUCGAAACGUUGCUCAGCAAUUUCUCGAUCAAUCGGUUCAAACUAAUGAACGAGGAUCUGGAGCGCUCGAAGCGGACGAUGGUCGACUGCGAUGAUAGUAUGCUGACCAAGUUGACACUGAAGCAGGAAAAAAAGGAGGAAGCCGAUGGGGCGGAUGGGACUGUAAGGGGUGAUGACGACGAUGCUGUUAAGAAUGAACAUGUCCUGUUGGAUGAACCAUCGUCAUCGGUAGUGAAGGAGGAGGUCGUCUGCAGUACGGAGGAUAGCGCAGUAACGGAUUCCACAAUGCUCGAUGUCACUACGACAGCGCUCGUGGCUGAAGCUAAGAGUACUACGAAUGUCGACAGCAGUGUGGAUGGUGGCGAGAAGGAGACGACGCUACUGAACGAAAAUUCCAAUUCUGAUUCCUUCUCCUCGGAAGAUGUGUCCACCGAGUUUGGUGCCGGUACUAGGGUCACCCGUGGCCGUGGUCGCUCGCGUAUGAUGGCCAUCAACAAGGGCCACGAUGAGUCGGGUGUUGCAGCCCCAUUUCAUCCGGGGACCGCUAGUGAUGUAAAACCAAAGGAAGAGGUUGCGGUGUUAAAACCGGAACCUCCGAAGGCACCCGGUUACCUGAUGCUUAUGCGGGCACCGAACCGCCGCUUCGGGAUGACAUCGCGCAGUGUGAAGAAGGAAGAAACUGAGGAAAAAGAGCAAGCACCGGAUGGAAGCUUGCGUGUCUACUCAGUGAGUGGCACGAAAGGAAAGCUGUACCUGCGGAAAACGUUACCCCCGGUGACCUUAGACAGUGGCAGUGGUGGCGAAAAGUCAAAGGGUGAACCAAAAAUAGUGGUUUUGGGAAGCGGAAAACCUCGCUAUCCGGUGGUGAACUAUUUCCGGACGAAGAAGAAAGGAGUCACAUCGAUCAUGGUGUUGCCGCGCGGCGAGCUGCUGAAGCUGGCAAAACACGGUGGCCGACUGUCGGUGACCGGGUUCCACCAUCUGGCCAAAACGAACACCUCCGUCUGGCCGUAUCCAUGCUCGAGGCCGCUCUUCAAGACAUGCUGGUUGUUCCGAACCGUCAAUCUCACUUCGCUAGCGGCCGUCGGCUUACAGUUGCGCAUUCUGUGGACCUGUUUCCGGUGGGACGAUAUGGCUAUGAAACCGCUGACGGCCGACGGCAAGCAUCAGGUGACGACCGAGUCGGAAAUCAUGUCGCUCGAGCUGCUCCGUCACCGGCACAUUGGCAUGUUUAACGAGCGCCUUCAGUACCUGCGCCGGAAGGUGGUCAUCCCACUAGAGCUACCCAAAACGGUUCGAGCUGAAGUGCAAUCGAUACGUUCUGGUUUGCGGAAGCGGAAGCGUGCCGAGUCGCCGCAGCAAACGGAACCCCAAGUGACGGAAGAGUGGAUCGACGAGGACAAGUUGGAACUGUGGGAAGUGAAGUUGUAUGGUGAAAAGCAGGAGAAAAUGGCGGCCGCCUCCGCCCAACCUGUCACCCGGAACAGCACUGGCAAGCUGCCGGCAUCAUCUAGCCGGCAGAACGAAUCUCCGUCGUCGUCGUCGUCAGCAGGAUCAGGGAACAAAACCGGCAAUUCGUCCUCAUCGUCGACCGGGGUCAUUUCGACCAAAGCGUCGAGGGAGGAAAUAAACGAAAAGAUGGAGCAACAGCUCCGCCUACAGCGUGCCGCCCACAAUCAGAAGCGAGCCCUCGAAAUGAAGCAGCAAGGUACGACACCGAAAAGCGGCACCAGUGGUGGGAUCAUUCAUCGUAAGAUCUUGGUCAAGAAUCCGGACGGUACUACCAAAAUUGUGCACCAGAGCAUUUCAACGUCGGCAGCCGCGGCACAAGCGGCGAAACAACAAACCAGCACCACUCCCAAGACGGAAGUUACGCAGAAGGUGCAAAUCAUUCGUGGUCCUGACGGUAAGGUCAGUGUUCGCGGAUUGAAUCCUGGUCAACAAAUAGUGCAGACGACGGACGGCAAUCUGCACGUGCUAAGCAGCAACCCCAAUUCACCCAAACAAACGAUAACAAAGGUUGGGCAAAAGAUUGUCAAAAUCGCUCACACCCAGGGAUCUGGUACAACGACGAUAGCAGCGGCUAGUGGAAGCGCACCUGGAACACCUGUGCAGCAGCAACCACACAUUCUGAACAAAAGUGUCGUGGUGCGCAGUGCCACGAGCACACCGCAGAAUCAGAUGAAACAGGUUGUGCAGAGGCAAAUUUUGCACAAAGUUCAAACGGCCACUAGCCCCGUUGGAAACGCUCAAACGACUGUCCAGCAGAUAGUGUCCUCGACGACAACGCCACAGAAAAUUGUUCUCAACACUCAGGGCGCUCUGCAGAAAGUGCUCGCCAGCGGAGGCCAACUGUUGACGACCGCUGGCACACCGGUGCAGAAAGUGGUAACGCAAUCGAACCUUCAGCAGCUGUUGCAGGGUAGUGCUCAGAAGGUUAUCGUCGAACCGACGGCAGCUGCAGCUGCGGCUGCUGCAUCAGCUGCUGCCGCCACGUCCCCGCAACAACCACAGAUCCAGACGCAAAAAGUGUUGGUCGCAACUACCCCGGGCCAACCGACUAAGCAAAUAUUGAUUCAAAAUGCAACCGCAACAGCGGGCGGCACAUCGCAGCAGAUCAUUAUCAACCAUGCCGGCGGACAGAAGGUGGUCCAGCAACUGGUUUCCACGCCCAGUCGGCAGAUCAUGAUCGGUGGUCAACUGAUCACACUCAACAGUGGGCAGAAGCUGGUCAGCAACACCCCGAUACAGAUCCACACACAACCCGUGAUGUCGGUCGCCACUACUGCCGGUGGGGCGCAGAUUCAAAAAGUGCAACAAAUCAUGACCACAGCUCAACCGACCGUUGCCACAGCGACCGCGAUACAACAGCAGCCACAGCAAAUUCAGAUACAAAUUCAACAGCCUGCUUCGGUGGUUCAACAGCAGCAGCCUACUGUGAUGCAAGCAGCGCAGGCAACGGUGGUGCCGCAAACUACGGUUAUGAAUCAGGCGCAAAGUUUGGCGCAGCAACUGUCCAGCGGUAAACUGCAGCUGGCGAACGUAAACGGGCAACAAGUUUUGCUCCGCCCGAUCGGUAACAAUCAGGCGCAGGUGGUUGCACAUAUCAAAACCCAACCGAACGGAACGGCCCAGAUAAUUCCGGUCGCAAACUUAACCGACCCAGCGGCUCAACAGCAGCAGCAGCAACAGCAGUUGCAACUGCAGCAACAGCAGCAACAGUUUCAGCAACAGCUUCAGCAGCAACAGCAACAACAGUUACAGCAGCAACAGUUGCAGCAACAGCAAUUACAGCAGCAACAACUUAUUCAACAACAGCAGCAACAGCAACAGAUUAGCAACGCCGUAGAGCAAUCGUUGUUGCAAGGUCAGCCUCCGGGAACGGUGAUCAAGUGUGUGACCGCACAGGUCGUGCAGACCGAACAGGGGCCGCGUAUUGUGCUACAGGGAUUACAGGGGAGCGAUUUUACACCUCAGCAGUCGGCUUUAGUUCACCAACAAGUUAAACAACAAUUACUGCAAGCUCAAGCAUCCAAUGGUCGGCAAGGUGUGAUUGGUCCCACGAAAAUCUAUCUUGCUAUCCAACCGGCACAAAACACGCUCACCACCGCGACCGUUGCGCAGCCUCCACCGCUGGCACCGGUCCAGAUCAAGCACGACGCAAACUCCGCAGCAAUACAGGUACAUCACCAACAAGAAGCUGAUACGACUAGUAGUGAGCUCGUGGAAGCGGCUUCCCCGUGCGUCCCGCAGGAAAUGGUUCAGGUCGGUGGUGGGGACACUAUUAUUCCGAGCAGUGCUUCCAGCACGGUCGCUUCCACCACCGUCAUGAUCCAGGGCACAUCCGCUAUCGACGAUGGCAAACCGAGGAUUAUCUCGAAUAUCAUCAUCAAUGGGGCCAACAGUGGCAGCGUUAUCAACCCACUGGUGAAGAAGGAACUGAUCCAAAAGGUGAGCAACAAUAUCAGCAAACAACAGCAGCUGAAGACGCAACCGUCACCAACGCCAGCGGUAACCGAUGCCAAGGAGCAGGAUGCGGACGGCGAUGGUGAUGCCGCGGGUGGCGGCGGUGGUAAAGAGGAAAAAGACAAAUCCUUCAUCGUGACUGCCGACUACAUUCAGGAGACGAUCAAAACGGCACUCAAGCAGGAAAACUUGAAUCCGGAAAUAACGGAAAAAUUGCUGAACCUGCAGCGCUACCAGGAAAAGCAGAUGCGAACCGAAGAUCGUCCCGAUCGUACGAUCGCCCUGCAACACAACUACAGCAACAUGUCAGGUGUGCCCCGGGGAGAAUCGCACAGUCACGGUAGUCGUGUCCGAAAGCGUACGGUGCGGACCGAUGAUGACGACGACGAUUGGCAGCUCGACACACCAAAGCGAGCACGACCCACGAAACCGGGAAACCCAAAUCAGCCGCAACAAUCGCACGAGCAAGGCCGGGAAAAGAAACCGACGCACAGUGAAACGAGUGCCAUGAGUACGCCUACCAAACGGCGUACGACUACCGCGUCCUCUGGGCAGGGAACGUCCGUGAUGACGCCAUUAUCACCACGCAAAUCCUCCCAAACCGGAACCGCCGGUGGUGGUGGUGGAGGAGGUUCUGGUGAUGCUGUGAUCUCAUCAACCGAGGAUAACCGAGGAUCUGAUUCACACUCGUCAAUCAGUGCGACCGGUAGAAAUAGUAAAGGCGUUGAAAAACGUAAAUUGCCAUCGUCGCCGCAAAUGGCCGCACAGGCGAGCAGUGGCACAGCAGCGACCAGCCCUCAGCAAACCAACGCAGCGCAGCGUCAGAGUAAAUAUCAGGCCCAAUUGAAUCGUCACAAGGAACAGUUAAAGAAAGUCAUUCUCAAGAAACGAUCUCAUCUCGAAAAGGAAUUGCAGGUUCAGAUACAAAAGGAACUCUCCGUCGAGCUGCAGGCAGCCACUACGGCUCCGGCCGUCCGGGCGGCGUCAGCGACGGCGACAGCAGCCGCAGGUUCGAAAUCAUCUCCUAUUCUGGAACAGCAGCAGCAGCAGCAGCAACAGCACCAACAGCAGAAGUCACAACACCAGCAGGAAGAGCAACAGCAGCUACAGCAGCAAACGAACCUAACGUCUCAUGGUCGACGUCAAACGACGACCCCUGCAAACAGCAAUAGUGCUGCUGACAGCGUCGAUGGCGGAGAAGAGCUGCUGACGCUGCCCGGUGGUAGUGGCUCGAAGCAAACGACGGAUAAGAGUUCCACCACGACGACCAGCACACGGCGAAAAACCAUCGCCACCACCGGUACAAACGUUGUCAGUUCGUCGGCCAAAGAAGCUGCCGGCGGUGGCAGAAGAGGUCAAAAGCAUGGCACUUCUGCGGCAUCCAAGGGUGGUGGUGCCCAUCGGUCAGUAGGCGCUCGCGGUCAACCGCGAAGAGGAUCGAAAAAGAACAAUAAGAUGCAUUGCAUCUGUAAAACGCCUUAUGAUGAGUCGAAGUUCUACGUUGGUUGUGAUCUGUGUAACAACUGGUUCCAUGGUGAUUGCGUUGGCAUCAAUGAGGAGGAAUCGAAAGUUAUGACGGAAUACGUUUGUAACGAAUGCAAACACGCCCGCGAAACGCAACAACUGUAUUGCCUCUGUCAGCAACCGUACGACGAAACACAAUUUUACAUCGGCUGUGAUAAGUGUCAGGCCUGGUUCCAUGGCCGUUGCGUUGGUAUACUGCAGAGUGAGGCCGACUUCAUUGACGAGUACAUUUGUCCCAACUGUCAAAUCAACAACUCGGUCAACUUUGCCAACAUGAAACCUUUGAGCCCAAAAGAGUUUGACAAUCUAAAGAAGCUUAUCAAACAAAUUCAGCAACACAAGAGCGCAUGGCCAUUUAUGGAACCCGUCGAUCCAAAUGAAGCUCCCGAUUACUAUCACGUCAUCAAAGAGCCGAUGGACCUCCAAAAAAUAGAACAAAAGAUAGACAACAAAGUCUAUCAGAUGCUGUCCGAGUUUAUCGGUGACAUGACGAAGAUAUUCGACAACUGUCGCUUCUACAACCCCAAGGAAUCGCCCUUCUUCCGGUGUGCCGAGAGUUUGGAGUCCUUUUUUGUGCAAAAAAUAAAAUUUUUCCGCGAAAAUCUUGUCGACAAGACCGAAGAAGCCGCCAACAGCACACAGACAGCAGCGACGGCAGCAGUGGUUGUUGCGCCCUCGGCCGAAGGUAGCGCUCCCACAUAGUCCUUCCUACCGUCGCCGCGGUCGUCCAUUCUGUACAAUUACCUGCAAGGGAACUCGAUUCUUGUGUAAGCUCGGAACGAAUUCCCAAAAUGCCGGCCAAUGCCGGGGAAAGAUCCAUUUUAUUAUAGUUCGCAGUACGCAUGCUGCGCUGGCUUAGCAGUGGCUUCUUUUCUGUAAUGUAUUACUGCUUUUUAGGAUAGUUGGUACUUGCUACCAGACAAAGUAGAACAGUAAGUAGUUUGUUGUUAUUUUAAGAUUUAUUUAAAUAGUAUUACAUUCAUACGAUUCGAAUUCAAUUGUAUUGAUUUUGAAUAAUAGAAGUGAUGGUCAUGACCGGGACUGUGGUGUAAUGAUAGGAAAUUGUUCAAAUGCCAAAAUCAUCCUAUGUACUCGACAGCUAGAGAGAGAGAAGGAAAAGCAACCCCAUCGGAACAAAGAGUUGUAAAGAAUAAGGAGAAAUCGAAUGUAAACGGGUUAGCUUCAAUAACAAGAAGCUACUGAAAAGAGAACUAACUAUGAAGCCGUUUUAAAGGGUGUAAAUAUGUUUUUUUCCAAUAUAAGUCACUUGAUACAAACUGAGGAAACUAUAAGUAGUUUUGUAAUAUCUAAUACUUGAUCCAAGUCUGCUGGAAAGGGGAACUGCGUGGUUCACCGUUUGGCCAUUGUAAAUAAAUAAUACAAAU